AUCACAAAAGGAAUCUUAAUCAAUAUCUCACCAUCAUGAUAGGCACCUUUUAAAUAUUUUUUAUGGGGUUUUCGGUAAAUGUAGUUGUACUGACUCUACAUUUUUUUGUUUUUGUAGCUCUAGACCAGGUACAGAGGAUGCUGCCGUGCUUUUUCUAUUGACCUGAGUAAAAAUUACGAGUGGGGUAACGGAGAGUGAAGGAGAGGAAGACACAGAGAGAGAUGGGUUUCCUUAGCCAUAGAGUGGAGAGAAGUGAAAUCAAACCGGGAGAUCAUAUCUAUACUUAUAGAGCUGUUUUCACUUACUCGCAUCAUGGUGUCUUUGUUGGGGGAAGCAAGGUGGUCCAUUUUACACCCAGACAGAAUGCAAAUUCAAGCUCUGAUGCAUCUUCUGACUUCUAUGAGUCAAUGUCGAGCAUUCCAUCAUCUUGUGAAACCUUUCCUGACUGUGGAUUCAGACAACCUGAUAGUGGCGUAGUCCUCUCAUGCCUGGACUGCUUCCUCAAAAAAGGGUCCCUUUACAGCUUUGAGUAUGGGGUGCCCCCUACUGUUUUUAUUGCAAAAGUACGUGGAGGCACAUGCACCACUGCAGCAUCUGAUCCACCAGAAACUGUUAUCCACAGAGCAAUGUAUCUUCUUCAAAAUGGAUUUGGCAAUUAUGAUGUAUUUCAGAACAACUGCGAGGAUUUUGCAAUGUACUGCAAGACAGGGCUCUUGAUAAUGGACAGACUGGGGGUUGGAAGAAGUGGUCAAGCUUCUUCGGUUAUUGGUGCUCCAUUGGCCGCAAUUCUUUCAUCCCCUUUAAAGUUGUUAAUGCCUAGUCCUGUUGGUGUGGCUACGGUAACAGCUGGAAUGUACUGCAUGAGCAGAUAUGCUACUGAUAUAGGUGUUCGGAGUGAUGUAAUCAAGGUGGCCGUGGAAGAUUUGGCUAUGAACCUGGGCUGGGCUGGUCCUCUGGAGGAAGUACCUGAGGACAAUGAGGCCUCUGGUGCAUUGAUAGCCAGGUGAAGUGAAUCUCAUCUCAAUGCAUGUCAAGAUGCGUAUAUAUGUGAUUGGUAGUCUCCAUUAAUAAGAAUUCAUUGAUGUAAGUGCACUCACAUGAGAGAGUCUAUUGUUUUCUUCUUUCUUUGUAAGUUAGUUGCUGGUGGUUCUGUACUAAUAAAUAGUUGACCCUCCGGAGGCCUGGACUGGUCUGUUAUAAUUAUUUACUUGUGAAAUUCGAUCUUUGAACUUGCUGGAUUGCCAAAGCUAUGGUAGCAUGUUUCUUCGCUUUCAAA